AUGGGCGCACCAGAGCAGUCGCCGCUCAAGCGCGACGUGGACGACCACCACGAUGCGCCGGAUUCCGAAGACGAUUCACCAUCUGGCGGCCCACCCACCAACUUCAAUGAGAAGCGACGUGCUCAGAAGGCCAUCUUCGAGGCAUGGCUCACCAGUUCCGCCGGGCAGGAAGCCUUGAAGCCAAAGACCAAAGAUGGCCGCAUCAAAGAGGAAGCCGACGAAAUGCAGUCGAUCCACUCGCUUCUGGCACAACAGCAACUGGGGAGUCAAAUUGUCAAGAACCCACGCGAGUACCAGAUCGAGCUUUUCGAGAGGGCCAAGAAGGAAAACACCAUUGCCGUGCUCGACACCGGAUCUGGCAAGACCCUCAUCGCCGUGCUUCUCCUUCGUUGGAUCAUCGACAAUGAACUCGAGAGACGAGCAGCGGGCCAUGAUCCAAAGAUCUCAUUCUUUUUGGUAGCUUCGGUCACUCUUGUCUACCAGCAAUUCUCUGUCCUCGACUGCAACCUCGACCACAAGGUGACACGUCUUUGUGGAGCAGAUGGCGUUGACCGCUGGAAUCACGCAAAGUGGUUGGAGAUGUUCGCCGAGAACAAGGUCAUCGUUUGUACUGCGGAAAUCUUGUUCCAAUGCCUAUCCCACAGCUACAUCUCCAUGAAACAGAUCAAUCUGCUGAUUUUCGAUGAGGCACACCACACCAAGAAGAACCACAACUAUGCGAGGAUCAUCAAAGACUUCUACUUGCACGAGCCGAUGGCCGAUCGACCCAGAGUCUUCGGUAUGACUGCGAGCCCCAUCGACGCGAAGACGGACGUCAUCCAAGCGGCUUCAGAACUUGAGACUCUCCUGGAUUCCAAGAUCGCCACCACGAAAGACAUGAGUCUGACAGAAGCAAUAAAGCGACCAGAAGAGAGUGUGUUGAGGUACGGGGCAUUACCCCAUGCCGGCUUCGAAACGCCCCUGCUGCAGUCCUUGAAAGCCCGCUAUGGACACAUCACUUCAUUCCAGGACCCCUUCAUUCGUGCUACAGAGGUUGCACGACAUCUUGGUCGUUGGUGCGCUGACCGUUUCCUCUUGGAUACGUUCUCAACCGAGAGAUCUAGGAAGUUCGAGGUUGAGGUCGAGAAGAGGUUCUACGCUCGGCAAGGCCAACAAAAGGUUGCAGAGCUGGACGCUGCUGUCCAGGAGAUUCGUGACGCGAUCGAGUAUGUCCAACAGCAAAGCUCGGCCGUAAGUUCCAAGUUGAAGCCUCGCGACCUCAGCUCGAAGGUCUUGGAGCUUCAAAAGUAUCUGUGGAUGCAGUUCGAGAGGAAGUCGAAUCACCGCUGCAUUAUCUUUGUUGAUCGCCGGCACACCGCACGUCUCCUACACGCCCUGUUCCAGAGAACUCGGACACAGCACAUGCACUCCCAUUUCCUAGUCGGCUCUGCCAAGGGCAAUGUGGACGAGGACAACUUCACGUUCAGAUCGCAGGUCAUGACAUUGCUCAAGUUCAGGAAAGGCGAGUUGAACUGUCUCUUCGCCACAUCCGUCGCCGAGGAAGGCCUCGAUGUUCCGGAUUGCAAUCUCGUUGUCCGCUUUGACAUGUACAAGACCAUGAUCCAGUAUGUGCAGAGCAGAGGCAGAGCCAGAAACCAGAACUCCAAGUUCAUCCACAUGGUGGAGAACAGCAACUCAAUACAUGAACAGACCCUUGGCGAGGUUCGCUAUCAAGAAUCGAGCAUGAGGGCAUUCUGUGACUUACUGCCAAACGAUCGCAAGCUCGAAGGCAACGAAGACGGUCUCGAGCUGCUCAUGGAGAAAGAGAAGAACCUACAAACGUAUACUGAGCCUUCGACUUCCGCCAAGCUAACAUACGGCAACGCAUUGGGUAUACUCGCCAACUUUGUCUCGGCCAUUCCGACAGACACUGACGAGCCACAACAUCCAACAUAUGUGGUGUCUCCUCGAGGGUCAAAAUUCGUCGCUGAAGUCGUUCUACCUCCGAACUCUCCACUUCGGUCUUCACUCUCGAAGCUGCACACCAAGAAGAUGCUCGCAAAGCGGUCGGCGGCAUUCGAAGCGUGCAUUGAACUCCGGAGAAAGAAGUACCUCAACGAACACUUUAUGCCAAUAUAUCAGAAGAAGCUACCAGCGAUGCGCAAUGCUUUGCUGGCGGUGGAUUCGAAGAAGAAGAACGAAUAUACAAUGCUCAUCAAGCCGAGCAUUUGGCAAGAGCAGAGAGGAACGUUGCCAUCAGAACUCUUCGUCACCAUCGUCGACUUUCCACUGGGAUUGGAGACGCCACACCAAUCUCUGGCACUUCUGACGAGAACUCCGAUGCCGCAGUUCCCGUCCUUCCAAGUCCACCUUAAUGAUGGUCGUGCCUCCAGCGUGGUCUCAGCGGGACUUCACAAGUCACUACCCCUUGACGACAGAAUUUUGGCAAAGUUGACGCGCUUUACCUUGAAAGUGUUCGAGGACGUCUUCAGCAAGACGUAUGAGGAGGAUGCUUCAAAGCUGUCGUACUGGAUCGCACCUCUGAAAUGCUCCCUGCCGGCCGAUGGUGAAGUGGACGAGACAAUCGGCGACCUUGAUCCCCUCGCGGCCAUCGAUUGGCCACUGCUCGACGAAGUCUUCACGCACGGCAGCUACAGCUGGACACCUGAUAUGGAGGACAGCUUUCUGGCAGAUCGGUUCCUUGUCGACGUCUGGGACGGCAGUCGGAAAUUCUAUACGAAGCAAGUAGACACGACUCGCAAGGCGACAGACCCCAUCCCCGAAGGUGUGGCGAAGUCCAAGUUCACCGGCACGAUCUUGGACUACAGUGUCAGUCUGUGGAAGAAGGCGCGCAAGGAGCGUGAAGCAUUCUGGUCUCGCACGCAACCCGUUGUGGAGGCCGAGAAAGUCCUCCAACGUCGAAACGUGCUGGCUCCCGCAGAGCAGAAAGAGCUCAACCAGGCCACUAAAGCCUAUUUGUGCCCUCAGCCAUUGCGCAUAUCUGUCCUGCCGACCAAGGUUGCCACGUCGUGCUUCAUCUGGCCUGCUAUCAUCCAUCGAUUCGAGUCGUAUCUCAUCAGCAUUGAGGGGGCCACUUCGAUCGGUGUUCAGUGUGGACCAAACUUUGCUCUGGCAGCAUUCACCAAGGACUCCGACAACCAAGGUGACUACGACUCAGACGAGAAAGUCAACUUCCAGCGUGGAAUGGGAGAGAACUACGAGCGUCUGGAGUUCAUCGGCGACACCUUCCUCAAGACCGCCACCACAUUGUCGACCUUCAUCAUGAAUCCGAACGAGAACGAAUUCGAGUUUCAUGUGAGACGAAUGCAGAUGCUGUGCAAUAAGAACCUCUUCGAGACUGCCUUGGAGUUGAAGCUCUUCGAAUACAUUCGCAGCAUGUCUUUUAACCGUCGAUAUUGGUACCCUGAGGGUUUGAAGCUCCUGAUUGGUACCGGUGUUGUCAAGGGCCAGGAGAAGGAGAUGUACCAUGAGGCCAGAGAGCACGCACUCGGCGAGAAGACGAUUGCUGACGUCUGCGAAGCCCUCAUCGGAGCUGCAUUCCUCUCCAAUGACAAGCCUGGCGCCUGGGAGCCCAGCCACUGGGAGAAUGCUGUCAAGACAGUCACUACGCUUGUCAGCAGCGAUGACCACAAGAUGCUCACAUGGGAGGAUUACAAGAAGGCCUACGAAAAGCCAGCCUACCAAACGGCAGACGUCACGGCAGUGCAGAGAGACCUGACAGAGAAGGUCGAGCGCGAGCACCCUUAUCACUUCACAUACCCUCGAUUGCUCUACUCUGCUUUUGUGCAUCCUUCGAUGCCGUUCACCUACGAAAAGGUUCCCAACUACCAGCGCCUGGAGUUCUUGGGAGACGCCCUCCUCGACAUGGCAUCGAUCACCUACCUCUUCUACAAGUAUCCCGACAAGGACCCGCAAUGGCUGACCGAACACAAAAUGGCCAUGGUUUCCAACAAAUUCCUGGGAGCUCUCUGCGUCAACAUCGGCUUCCACAAGCACCUCCGUCACCACCACGCCAAACUCGAGCACCAAAUCCGCGACUACGCCACCGAACUCAUCGAAGCGAAGCGAGUCGCCGGCUCGAGCGUCGACUACUGGACGACCGUCUCCGACCCACCGAAAUGCCUACCCGAUAUCGUCGAAGCAUUCGUCGGCGCCAUGUUCAUCGACAGCGACUUCGACUACCGCGUCGUACAGAAUUUCUUCGACACGCACGUCAAGGACUACUUCCUCGACAUGGCCAUGUACGACACGUACGCCAACAACCAUCCCUGCACGCAUCUGCAUAACAUGCUCCAGACGACGUUCGGGUGUAUGGAUUACCGCCUCAUGGCGAAGGAGUUGCCGAGCGUGGAUGGGGUUACGGAGAGGAAGGAUGUCGUUGCGGUGGUGAUGGUGCACGAUCGGGUCAUCGCGCAUAGCAAGGGGAAGAGUGGGCGGUAUGCGCGGUUGAGAGCGGCGAAUGGUGCGCUGGAGGUGUUGGAUGGGUUGGCGCCUUUUGAGUUCCGGGCGAGGCUUGGGUGUGGUUGUCAUCAAGAGGAGGAGGAGGGCGAGGAGGGAAAGAAGGAGUUUGAGUGUGGAGUGGGAGUGGAUUGUGCUGUCUAG